AUGGUAGCACCUACUCCAUCUUACCAGUCUAAAGUUAUACCAUGGGAUUAUGUCGCAGAGGAAAGAUGGAAAGGAAAAGCGAAAGUGGAAGAAAUAGAUGCAUCACAAGGCAUGACUAGAACCGGUAGGGUUUAUACACUAGAGCAUUUGGGAGGAACAAGCAAAGAAACUGCAUCUAAGCCUCUUAUCAUUGAGACUAUCCCUGACGACCUUUGGAGGAAAGUGAGGAAGCUGGGUGGAGAAACAUAUCAUCGCAUUGAGUGCGUCAAUGCAAUUGAAAAGGAAAAAUGGUGGAGCAACAAGAUAGAAAGCACAUUGCUAUGGAUAGGGUAUGAUCCUAGCAAGGGUCUCGGCAAGAAUCUCCAAGGGAUCACCAAACCGGUACAGCUGAAGCGUCACGGUACCACUUUCGGGCUUGGGUAUGAAUACACUUGGCAAGAGUAUCAGGAUUGGUCGCCACCAUGGCGUGAUCCUUAUUAUCCACUGGAAUAA